CGGUGAUAAAAAAACCAAAAGAGUUAAUAUUUUUACAGGACAAAAAGUUUUCUUUCCUCGAACCCUUUGAAAGAAAGUUAAAAAACAACGCGUCUUUCCCAACACAACGAACUUCCUUCAUAUCACUUCUCCCAAAAACCCUAACUCUCUCUCUCUAGAAACCACAUGCGCUCACUCUCCUUUUUCACUCCUAUCUUUUCAGUUUUUCCCCACUCUCUACUUUUUCUCUCCUUUAUUAUCACUCGAAUUCACUCUCUUGUUCUCCCCCAAAACUCAACUGUUUUCCGAUAGAUCUCUGCAAAUUAUUUGAUGGACGAUACAGAAAAUCCUGAUCCAGGGACCGAGUUCACCAGCGAGUCAAGCUGGACACUCGGGCCUGACUCGGAUAGAGCCAAUUGUUUCUUCUCUAACCACAGAGAGAACUCCAUACUCAGCGAAUUCGGCUGGAAUCUUCAAUCGGAUGAACCAGCCCGGUUUAUGGACCUGGAUCCGGUCGAAGCAGAAGAGAGGUCCGAUUUGGCAGGAAACAUAGAGAUUCAGCGAUUGCAAGGGGCAAGUCCGGCCGGGUCUGGUGGUGGUGGCGCUGACGUUUCAACUUCAAAUUACCCGUCAGUAUCAUCGAGCUCCAGCGAGGAUCAGCCCGAUAAGUCUACGGGCUCCGGCGGGAAACCGCCUGAGAUACCGAGUACUAAGGUUAAAAAGAAGGGGCAGAAACGAAUCCGGCAGCCACGCUUUGCUUUUAUGACUAAAAGUGAAGUUGAUCAUCUUGAAGACGGAUACCGAUGGCGGAAAUAUGGACAGAAGGCAGUUAAAAAUAGCCCAUUUCCCAGGAGCUACUAUCGCUGUACAAAUAGCAAAUGCACUGUGAAGAAAAGGGUUGAACGCUCGUCUGAAGAUCCCGCCAUUGUGAUUACCACAUAUGAAGGCCAACACUGUCAUCAUACAGUUGGUUUUCCUCGAGGAGGAAUCAUCAGUCAUGAAGCUACAUUUGCUAGUCACAUGACUCCUCCAACGUCGCAAUUUUAUUAUCCCGGGAUGCAGUUACCCCGAGAAAAUCCUCCAAGUACUGUGGUACAGUCGCAACCGUUGCCAGUUGGAGCAAGAGAGUGCAACACGGUGCCCACGCGAACUCCCCAACUUCCAACAGAUGAAGGACUGCUUGGGGACAUCGUACCUCCUGGAAUGCGUUGAUCAAAUUGAGAAAGGUACUCAUUACUUGCCUUGAAUUGAUAAAUGUAACACAUUUCAACUUACAAAUAUUGCGUGAAUAUCUAUGCUACUUUUCCAUUCUUGGCAUGUACAAGUACGCGUCCAUUAAUGGCAUAGUUAUGAAAUCAACUUUAGUAGUUUUAGUACUCUUAACUUUAGUAAUAUCCCAUCUUUAAGAUAUCUAUUUGCACAUAUCUCAAUUAAAACCUCUCGAUCCAAGGCCAGCUUAUGAAGCCCUCAAAUUACUCAAGCUUCCCUUCCUUUAGCAUCCACCGACAAAUGGCCAGCAAAAAUCCUCCUUAAAACAUGCUUGAGUGUGUAGGAUUGUUCAGGGAAGUGGUAUUGUUAAUAUGAACCAACUCUCACCAUCUGGGCCGUUUGUUACAUACUUAGUUUACAUGCUUGAGCUGGAGACCAUCACUCUACCCACUCAAGUUUAAGGAUAUUUAGUUAUGUAAUUAAAUAAAUGUCAAGAUCCAAUGUAUUUAUUCAGACAUUUUCGUGUCGAAAUAUUAUGUGAUGUCUCGAAUUAUUUAUCGAAUAUUCUGUUUUCACGAGUCA